UUCUGUCUGUGUGGUCACUUUUUAUCUCGUCUGGUAUGUUUGAGGUCAUUUUAAAUCAUUUGCUUCGGUUUCCGUCUCCCUUCGGUUGUUUUGCGUCCUGUUUCGGUUCCUCCGUCGUCGUUUUUAUCUGUUUCGGGUGUUUUUGUCUCUUUGCGGUCCUUUCUCAUGUCGUUGUCGUCGGUUUGUUAGCUUCUGUGGACAUUUUUAAUCUCAUCUGGUAUGUUUGAGGUCAUUUUAAUCAGUUUUUAGUCGCUUUGCUUCUCAAUCUCUCGACGUAUUUAUGAGUAAAUAAUAGGUUUCCUCUAGAAGGACUUCUGUUUUCUAUUUAUUACAGUUUUCUGACACCUUUUCCCCCAAAUUCCAUAUUUUUUUGUGUUUGUUUUUAGCAGAUUUAUUGGUUUAUUGCGUCCAGUUUCAAAUUUCACCAAAGCAGAGGAACAUGUUUGAACACUCUGGCUCUGGUCGGGUCCAAACCCUCGUGCUGCAGCGUUUUGUGGGCUGGAUGCCUGCUGGAGGCCGAGCGGCUGCAGAUCGAUGGCGUUUCCGGGACAUCGCUGGACGUCUGUCAGAUGUCAGAGAUGAGGAGGUAGCCGGAGCAGCUGCAGGAUGGACUCCGUGGACACGAUUCAGCACCGGAACCUGGAGGGCUACGUGGGCUUCGCCAACCUCCCCAACCAGGUCUACCGCAAGUCGGUGAAGAGGGGCUUCGAGUUCACGCUGAUGGUGGUCGGUGAGUCCGGUCUCGGGAAGUCGACGCUGAUCAACUCCCUGUUCCUGACCGACCUGUACUCCAAGGACUACCCUGGACCCUCCCAGCGCAUCAAGAAGACCGUGCAGGUGGAGCAGUCCAAAGUGCUGAUCAAGGAGGGCGGCGUCCAGCUGACCCUCACCAUCGUGGACACGCCGGGGUUCGGAGACGCCGUGGACAACAGCAACUGCUGGCAGCCUGUCAUCAACUACAUCGACAGCAAGUGUGAGGACUUCCUGAACGCCGAGUCCAGGGUGAACCGCAGGUCCAUGCCGGACAACCGGGUGCACUGCUGCCUGUACUUCAUCGCGCCCUCCGGACACGGUCUGAAGCCGCUGGACAUCGAGUUCAUGAAGCGACUCCACGACAAAGUCAACGUCAUCCCUCUCAUCGCCAAGGCCGACACCCUGACCCCCGAGGAGUGCCAGCUGUUCAAGAAGCAGAUCAUGAAGGAGAUCCAGGAGCACAAAAUCAAAAUCUACGAGUUCCCGGACACGGAGGACGACGAGGACAACAAGCUGAUCAGAAAGAUCAAGGAGAAGAUGCCGCUGGCCGUCGUCGGUAGCAACGUGGUCAUCGAGGUGAACGGGAAGAAGGUCCGCGGUCGGCAGUACCCGUGGGGCGUGGCUGAAGUGGAGAACGGAGAACACUGCGACUUCACGGUGCUGCGCAACAUGUUGAUCAGAACCCACAUGCAGGACCUGAAGGACGUCACCAACAACGUCCACUAUGAGAACUACCGCAGCAAGAAGCUGGCCGCCGUCACCUGCAACGGAGUGGACACCUCCAAGACCAAAGGGCAGCUCACCAAGAGUCCUCUGGCCCAGAUGGAGGAGGAGCGCCGCGAGCACGUCAUGAAGAUGAAGAAGAUGGAGGCGGAGAUGGAGCAGGUGUUCGAGAUGAAGGUCAAGGAGAAGAAGCAGAAGCUGAAGGACUCGGAGGCCGAGCUGGAGCGGCGCCACGAGCAGAUGAAGAGGAACCUGGAGGCCCAGUACAAGGAGCUGGAGGAGAAGAGGCGAGUGUUCGAGGACGAGAAGGCCAACUGGGAGGCUCAGCAGAGGAUCCUGGAGCAGCAGAAGCUCGACGCCUCCAAGACGAUGGAGAAGAACAAGAAGAAAGGGAAGAUCUUCUGAAGCCGACGCCGCCUCUGCUUCAGCUCCACACCUUUAUUCUUUGAUCCCCUCUGAAGCUCUGGUGGUCCUCAGAGAACACAACCCAACAGCUCAACACGACACCCACACACACGACACGCCGGCCUCUCUGCAGCGCCACACCGUCUUCAUGGGGAGUGCAUGUGUUUGUGAGAUUCUAUUUUCCUAUAUUUCCUGACAAGGAGGAGCGGCCGACUUCCUCUGAGCCGAGUCGUGGCGAGGACCUGCAUCGCCAUCCGUACACAUGUAGUCCUUCUCUAGCAUCCGUAGACCCGCAGCUCUUUCUUUGCCCGACAUUUAACACGACAUUGAAACACUCCGGAGCGAGUCGGCAGAAGGUAAACGUGCAGGUGGAGGAAAGUUUCUGAAGCAGGAGGCAGCUAAGGACGGGUUGAGUUAAGGCCCGGUCGCACCCGAACACGUUCACGCAUCCUCACAGGGCCAGUUAACCACCGUUAGCAUACAGGCUAACUGCUAACAUGCAGGCUAACCGUUCACAUGCAGACUAACCGCUAACAUGCUACCACCGUUCACCCCACCGCAGCAGGCUAACUGCUAACAUGCAAGCACUGGUCACCCCACUGCAGCGUUGUCGUGGCUAACCGCUAACAUGCUAGCACUGUUUACCCCGCUGCAGUGUUGUCGCGGCUAACUGCUAACAUGCUAUUACUGUUCACCCCGUUACAGAGUUGUUGUGGCUAACUGCUAACAUGCUAGUACUGUUUACCCCGCUGCAGUGUUUUCGUGGCUAACCGCUAGCAUGCUAGCACUGUUCACCCCACUGCAGCGUCAUCGUGGCUGACUGCUAUCAUGCUAGCACUGCUCACCACGCCACAGCGUUAUUGUGGCUAACUGCUAGCAUGCUAGCACUGGUCACCCCACUGCAGCAGGCUAACCGCUAACAUGCUAGCACGGCUCACCCUACUGCAGCGUUGUCGUCUGUUAUUGACGCUGGAAUUUCUCAGGACUUAAAUCAUUCAACAAACUAAAACCAAGGAAACAGCAAACCAAAAGAUUGGGUAAAAAAUGACAUCUUUUCUCUACACUAUAAACUUACUAAUUAAUUUUUUACAUCCAUUGGAAUAAAAAUCAUGUUUCUUCUCUUGGCAAAUUCAUAAAAUUCAAAAGACAUGUAUGCUAACAGAACUUGCUUUUUUCACAAGCAGAUAAACUACAUCUUCAGUUAAAACAAAUCCAUUCGCUAACGGUUGCUAACAAAACUCGUUCUCCUGUUUACGAUCACAUUUUCCAAAUUAAAUCUUCCAGUUAAAAUAUGUGCAGAUAAAGAAAUAUGAAACACAUCAGUCUGAGAACUUGUUUUUUUUUUCAUUUGAAAUCUUUUGAGUUAAACGAUAAGCUUGCUAACAAGUUAAGCUAAGUGCUAUCAAAGCUGUUUUUUCAUGGGUUAAUGCAUUUUUUAGAUAGUUUAAUAACUUUUCAUCAGAAAAUGCAUCUUUCGGCUAAAGUAAUGCAUUUGCUAAUGUUUGCUAACAAAACUAGUUUCCUUUUGUUUGUUUGUGAUUACAUUUUUCAAAUUAAAUGUUUUUUUUUUUUUGUCAAAAAUUCUGGUCCUGGAGGAAACAGGAAGUUUUGAAUAAACGAGUUUCUCCAAUAGCGAAAGAAGUCUUAUGCGGCUAAUGACUAAAACGAGGUUAGCGAUAGCAAAUCAAGUUUGAUCGAAUAAAAUGAUCUCAUCUGGCCUUAGCAUAAGUGCGCUAACGUAUGUGCUAACACAGCUAGUUUUUUCGGCGGCAAAUACAUUUUCCAAAUAAAUUCAAAACCAUUCGUCUUGCAGCUAAGCUAGUACGUUCACUAACGUUUGUUUAGAUGAAGCAGACGUCUAGACGUCGUGUUUUGGGUCAACAGUGCCAGUUUACGAUUUCUCCAGAUUCGACUCCGAUAAUGAUCCUUUUUCCAAGUGGGCGUGGCCGGGCCUUCAGACAGGUGUGCUGUGCAGUGGCAGGUGUGUUCUAUUAAAGCUGUGUGUGAGGAUGAAGAGUAGGGCGGGGCUAGACGGAGUGUUUCCUUCCUGAAUAGACGACAUUAUGCGACGUCGGUGUGAAUCGUCCCAGGUGACCGUGAUGAGGUGUGUUAUUGUGACGUGAGUGAUGGAUGUUGUCAUCGACCUGAACCCUGAUGUCCGCAGGUUUUCUCACAUUUUUCCUUUUUGGGUAAAAAACCACCAAAAAGGACGACUCAUGAAAAGCCCUUCCUUCCUCUGCGGAGGCUUCUAACCUCCUCCGUCGGUCUGGAGCUGUAGCGCUCAGGCGGUCGAACCUCUAACAUCCCUUUUCUUCUUUCCCAGAGUUGUCAUGUUUUAUUUUCAUAUGAUGAUAUUAAUAACUCUCUAUGUACGGUUGAAGAGCGACUCCUUAAAGCCCUCGUAGUUUUCUUAAGUGACUCUUAGAUGAGUCUUUUAGAUUAGUUUCUUCAUGACGCGUUCAAAGCAAAAUGCAAGCGGGACGACCUGAAGCCCUGAUCUGUUGAUGAUGUACAUACUGCUGGCUGCUCGGUGGCCUUUUCUUGUUUCGUUUUUUUCAGACUGUGAUACGUGAGGGAUGAAUCAUGUAGAGCUCGUCUUAGGAGGACGUUUCCAUUCAUCUGAACAUCUAUGCCAAUGAGUUCUCAGGACCGGGUCAGGCUACGUUUAAUCACACUUCUGUGGUCCGACAAGUUUAAAACAGGGACUGAAUUUUAUGAGACGCUUGUGAACCACUCGCCCCUCAGUAACACCAAGUUCAAACAAGUUUAGGUGGGUUUUUUUUGUAAUAUUUUCUUUUUAUAUAUAUAUAUAUAUAAAUCUAUAUUACACACUGUUUCUGCUUCUCUUCUUUGUUUUAUCGAGUGUUCUGUCUCUAACUGUACAUGGUUAAUAUUAAAGUUGACAGGUUAUGCUUUAACCCCCA